AUGUCACUACCAGCCAACAAGCUCAAUGAUGAGGAAAUGAGAGUGAACAAAUGGGUCAACACCGGACACCAAAUGUGUCUUGUCCCGACGUCUGCCACCGACAAAAGCACUCAAACCAGAUACGUGGUACCAUUUUCCCCUUUGUUUCAAAUCGAAAGAAUAGUCGAUUUCAAAUUAGCCGUGUCUGCCUUACCAAACCAAACGAAAACCAACAAGGCCGAUGGCGGCAAGACUGCUGAGACUGAGAGGGUGUCGACUCCUGCAAUUGAUCUUGAAGAGGAGACUGAACAGGCUGCUCUGGGCGCAGCUGAAGAGUUUCAGAAGUCCAAUCCUACCACAUAUAUUACGAAGCACCAGAUCAUAUAUGCUGCCGUCAUGUGGUACUGGUUUCAAAAGACCGAAUUCGACGAGCUUGCGAGGCAGAUCAAAGAUAAAACGGCGUUCAUACACAAGCCCUUCAAACCUGUGGAUCUUGGUGUGUUUAUUGCAUACUUUCCAGCUUGGGUGAAAUUCCAUGAGCUCUUCCGUCUCGGAGCGUACGGGCAUCUUAUUGAUUUCAUUCAUGAAACAUAUCUUAACGACAAAGCUGCGUCAAUGGAUGACUUUACUGUUCGCGGCGAUGGUUGGGAAAAGAAAUUCGACUUGCUGCAAAAACUUGCCAAACCCUUUGCAUUCCUUACUCCAGCGAUGCAGGAAGGUUCUGCUCUCGGUGGCCCCUUCUUGCCCACGAACGGAUUUUCUCUAACUGAAAUUCAUCAGUUAAUGGACUUGGGUUCCAUUUGGACGAUUGGGUCUCCAGUUAUGCCAGCAACUACAAAAACAGCCACAGGUGACAGUGUCAGCUUUCAGCUGUUGGCCCUGCCAAGUCACUGGAAAUCGGAAGUCCCAAGCAGUAUGUGUCAACAACUUCCAUCACCUGAUGACCCCAAUGAACUCUUGUCUGGAGCAACCCUUCCUGUCUCGAUUGACUCAAAGUCUCCGUGGGCUGAAAUGAGCCAUAAGAUUGAUCAGCGUGAUGGACUAGGGGCGAUCCAUAUCGGGCUCAAAAUUGGCUCAUCAGAGAAUCCUGGUUGGACAACACAUCUCCCGGCCAAAUGUGGUCUUCUUUGCUCUCGGGGUGACUCUCAUCAAUUCGGAGUCUUUACUGGUUCAAUGAUCCUUGAAAUGUACACUGAGUCACAGGCUUCUCCCGUUUAUCGGGAUGCUGACGUACUCCUUCGAUCCCGUUUUAUGUGUAGUCAGCCCGACUAUGUGACGUAUGGGAUACUGCCACGAAUUAUCGGAUUGGAACCCGAAAAUGAGGUCAAAUGGUCAUCGGUACAACCCAAGAAGAUGCCAUUCACUGUUCGAGACUUGCCGCCAACUGCAAUUGACACCGCCUCCUCAACAAAACCCGACGAGCCACCACCCCCCAAAAGCACCAAGGCUGACCCCAAAGGCACCACGUCUGACCCCAAAGGCACCACGCCUGACCCCAAAGGCACCAAGGCUGACCCCAAAGGCACCAAGGCUGACCCCAAAGGCACCAAGGCUGACCCCAAAGGCACCAAACCUACUAACAGAGGCAUUAAACCUCCUGCCAAUGCAAACCAAGUCGAAUUUUAUCGAAACACAUGUGACACGCUAGCGGAGCAAGUCGAACAAUAUCGCACGGAGCGUGACAAAGUUGUGUCUGAGCUUGUUCAGAUGCAGCAGAAAUAUUUGCCUCCACCGGGAGACAAUAGCGCCCUAGCGGGACACAGAACGAACAUCGAGGAAAAGACUAAGGAGGACCUCCAACACACAUGUCGCGAUUUGAAAGCCAUGCUUAUGAGCGAGACUGGAAAGAAUGAGGCUCUUGAGGCCCGGGUCAAACGACUCGUCAAUCAGGUCACAGAACUCAAGGCGACCGCAUACGCAAAUAAAAUGGCCGACUAUGACUUGGAUGUUGCCAAAAGGGCUUUAGGUCGUGUUGAAGAAAAGAUCGAGGAUGCCGCAGUUCGACUUGAGGCAAUUCAAUCCCACAUCGCUACACAGGUCGAGCGAGUGCAUCAGAAAGAGAUAUCCGAUCAAGUCAAGGACGAGAAUCUCCGGCUCCAGCGAUCACUCACCCAGCGUAUUAGUGAGAAUAAUGCACUUGAGUCCAAGAUCGACGAAGUGGAGCGUCAGAAUAAGGAGUUGAAGAUACAGCUCCAGGAACGUGAGUACACGAUAGCUACUCUCGAAGACUGCAAUGAUACACUUCAGGAAGGACAAUUUGGGGUCAUUCUCGAUACGAUCAAGGAGCAUAUGAAGAAGAGGGACAUUGCCCCUGCGAACAGUCAAUCGGCCCAAAACACACUAGAUGGCCGAAAUGGGGUCGUCCCGGGGCGAACAGUUCAAAAUGAGGUCAACAACGGCACUACGUUAUCUCUGACAAAGAAGAUGAAAUCGUCUUCCGAAAUUGACCUCAACAUGGAUUCUUUGUCUGGCAAGGACAAGGAGAAGUACAUGGUAUUGCUGCACAACGAAGUCUUGCACGUUGCAUGCAAGGCUAACCUCGCGAACCCGAUGGACUUUGAUGUCAGAUCUGAUGGAAUCAUCAGUCUCUCCAAGACGGCGCUUCGUAAAAUUGAUGUCAACUACAAGUUCAAGACUUAUCCGGAGGCCGUUGCUCAGUGGAGACAACAGAAGGGUAGCGAACUCACAGAAGAUCUCAGGAGAUUGAUGAACAAGUUCAACUUCUUUGUCGCGGGCCACAGAUCUCUUCUCUCUCUUGUCCAGUUGCUCAAGCAAGGGGAGGACAUCACUCCAGGUAAUUUGUAUGAGGAGUUGACGGAAGUCCAAGAUCGUACCCAGGGGACAGUUGUGCAACUCGAUGCUGUCAUCAGCACACUAGAUCAGAGAUACAGAGGCAGCACCGAUUUCCGCGACGCCAUCGCGGGAGCUCAGAGACGUGCUACAAGCCUUUACUCCGAUUACAAGACUGGAAGGUUGAUCGGGGCAGCGUAUGUGGCGUGGAAGCCGCUUAUGGAAGGAGAAGCCAAGGUUGCCAGAGAUGUCGUCGACUUCAUCCAACCCAUCUCGAGAGGCUACCACGCGUUGUAUCGUUUCCGAGAGCAGAUUGUUGAGAGAUCGAAGUUACCUGCAGAGUACGCGGCGCUUGAUGAUGUGGCCAAUCCGGACAACCUAGAUACUGAGCCACCACUAUCGAGCGCUUUGCGCGCUCAGCUGUUGGACAAGAACGGUACACAUCCUGAAUGA